AUGUCCAGUCCUCGCACGUCAAAAGAAAAUCACGACCUCCAGCCUUGGGCGAACAAUGAAAGCGGUUCGUCUGUGACAGUGUCAGGCUCGCCAAAUGAGCAGCCGGUGGUCGAUGAGAAAGAGAUCCCUCCUCCCCCUGACGGAGGCGUGGAGGCUUGGUUGGUUGUUGUCGGCGCGUGGUGCACAUCGUUUUGUAGCUUUGGCUGGGUGAACAGUAUUGGAAUUUUUCAGAGUUACUAUGAGUCAAAUAUGUUGAAGAACUACUCGUCUAGUACCAUUUCCUGGAUCCCUUCACUGCAGGUGUUCUUCAUGUUUGCGAUGGGGCCUAUUGUUGGAAAGCUGUACGAUGCAUUUGGGGCGAGGUACUUGAUCAUCGCGGGCACUUUCUUCCAUGUAUUCGGCCUUAUGAUGGCGUCCAUCUCCACCGAGUACUACCAGAUCUUGCUGUCUCAGGGCGUGUGCAGUGCCAUCGGCGCGUCUGCCAUCUUUCAGCCUGCUCUAAACUCCGUUAGUGUCUGGUUCAACAAGAAACGCGGUAUCGCCUUCGCCACGCUCUCGACUGGCUCCAGCGUCGGUGGUGUCAUCUUCCCCAUUAUGCUCGAGCGUCUCGUCCAACAGGUCGGCUUUCCCUGGAGCAUGCGCAUCUCCGCAUUUAUGAUCCUGUUCCUGCUCGCCAUCGCCAUCGUCACCGUCAAGGCCCGUCUGCCUCGCUCUAAAUCAUCCGCCGCCGGCAAGACCACCCUCCUGCACCCUUUCAAGGAGCCAGCCUUCGUCCUCACCCUCUUCGGCUACAUGCUUCUCACCUACGGUGUCUUCAUUCCCAUCAACUACGUCAUCGUUGAAGCCGAGCUGAACGGCAUGUCCGCCAGGCUGGCCGCAUAUCUCCUCCCUAUGCUCAACGCAGCGAGUCUUUUCGGACGUCUCGGCGCGGGCUUCGUCUCGGAUAGAUUGGGUCGGUAUAACAUCUUCAUCGCUAUGUGUCUAGUUGCGGGCGUGCUGGUGCUGGCGCUCUGGAUCCCCGCUGCGAGUAACGCCCCGACUAUCGUCUUCGCUAUCAUAUUUGGUUUCGCCUCCGGUGCGUACGUCAGUCUCUCGCCGGCGCUGGUUGCGCAGAUCUCCCCGCUCACCGAGAUCGGAUAUCGCACCGGCUUGCUUUUCCUGUUUGCGUCGGUCGGUGGGUUGACUACGAGUCCGAUUGCGGGUGCUAUUUUGGCGAAUGCUGGUGGCAAGGACUUUACGAAUGUGAAGGUCUUUUCGGGUGUGUUUUUGUUGGGUGGAACGGUCUUCGUGAUUGCGGCGAGAAUUAUGAAGACGGGAGUGAAGUUAGGAGCGAAGUUUUAG